AUGAGGAAUGAAAUUGUCGAGUGGGCGACGUCCAUUCCGCCGGUGACGCGCUUUUUCUUCUUCGGGACACUCCUUCUGAGCGCCCUCGCUCCGAUGGUCCUCCCCCGGCGCGUGCUGUCGCUCUUCCUGCUCGAGUCUGGCGCCAUCAUGAAACUCGAGAUCUGGCGCUUCAUCACCGCGGCCCUCUUCUAUGGCGGCCCUUCCUUCGCCUUGCUCAGCCAUCUGUUCAUGCUCUACUCGUAUGGGCGCCGGCUGGAGGAGACCAACUUCGCCGGGCGCCGGGCCGACUAUGUCUUCGCCAUCACCAUGCUCCUGGCGGUCAUCUCUGCCGUUUCUUUCUUCUUCAACCUCCGCAUCACCGGGUCCUCCCUCACGCAGGCCAUCAUCUACAUUUGGUCUCAGCUCAACCGCGACGUCAUCGUCACCUUCUUCUUCGGCAUCAACUUCAAGGCUGCCCUGCUUCCGUGGGCCUUCAUCGCCUUUGACAUCCUGACCGGUGUGUCGCCACUGUCCUCGUUCAUCGGCAUUGUGGCCGGCCAUGCAUACUACUUCACCACCUUCGAGUGGCCGACCUCCUCCGGGCGCCCACCCAUCUUCCAGACCCCGGGCAUUUUCCGCGACAUCUUCGGCGCCGACGACCGUCCUCCCACCGUGCAGAGCGCCGACGGCGCCCCUCCAUCCCCACCCACCGGCUCCGGCAGCACUCGCCAAUGGGCCACCGGUCCGAGCCGCCGGAUCUGA